AUUCGAAAUCGCACCUCAGAUACAGUCAAAGCAUCGCAGAGCCUCAAGACAACUUCUGUUCGUCCGAAACACCCAUAUCAAGACACGAACACAAGUUUCAUCAAACUACCUCCACAAUGUCUGCUGCCACCUAUCAAACCAACGGCUUCGUCGAUGCCACCAGGGCAGAGGACCAUUUCGCGCAGCAAUUCGAUCUCUCCAACCCAGACGACGCACGAUGCUCAUAUCAAAGACUCAUGCACCAACACACCAAGCAACAAUUCGAAAUGGCCACCGCCUCAUCACGACGCCGAUCCGCCGCUUCAUCAUCAACAGAGCCCGCUUCUUUAUCAACUGAGUCAAGUCGAGGCUCCGUCAGCUCGACAUCAUCAUAGUCGACCGCUUGUAAUACGAUUUCAAGGACGCAAUUACACACCACUCUUGUCCCACUUAGCGAGCGUUCUCUUAUUUCCUUAUCAUCUGAAUGGAACUGGCGCUCUUGGACUCCACACACAUCAAACAUGCUUGAUACAAUAGCACUGGGACCUACACAUCUUCACCUCACGAUAACGAGCGACGUGACGGAGCAUUGGGUCGGCGCCACAUGGGUCGGCGUCGCAUGUCAUGAAGAACAUCCUUAUCUCGUACGAAACGCUGGAAAUCUUGUUCCCACGGAGGUAAACAGUACUUCGACAAUAGCGAUAUAUCGACAGAGCUCUAGGAAUGAAGUAUCAGAGGGAGUUUUGAUGAGGUCUCCUUUGGGGUGUUCAGAUAUCGGCGACAUGUUUUUGUACUUCUAGUUUGCAGCGUA